UGCGGCUCUGCCACUCUACAGUCUACACUCUCACCACUAGGCAGUAGUCACUUGUCAGUAUUCUCUGUAAUCUGUACUCUGAAGUCCGCACGGCCACACUCCAAUAGACAGUAUUAUAGUCACUAUAGUCCAGUGCUUGUACAGCUGUAGUGUUUCGGGCCAGCGCGACUGUGAGCCACCAUUCACAACACCAUUCCAACACUAUUCGUUCGGUCAUCUAAAGCCUAUCGCGUCUUCAAAAACUAUUGACUACCGUUUUAUUUUUGUUAACUAUUCGUCGCGCGUCCAUCGUAAGACGCAGCAGAUCUGAGCAUAUUUUCUAUUUUCCAGGGUAUCUGAUCAUUUACGCUAUGGAGUCGUUGAUUCAAACAAUUAAUAAGCUACAAGAUGUGUUUGCUGUGGUCAAAGAACAUUCAAUCGAUUUACCUCAGAUCGUUGUUGUCGGGUCCCAAAGCUCUGGUAAGAGUUCAGUUCUCGAGAGUUUGGUGGGCAGAUCAUUUUUGCCACGAGGAACAGGCAUUGUAACUCGCGCUCCUUUAAUUCUACAAAUGAUAAAGUAUAAUAACGAAGAUAAGAAAUCCAUGUUGAACAUAACAAAUAAUAAAAACAUAACAGAAUGGGCUUGUUUUUCGCAUAUAGAAAACACUGUGUUUCAUGAUUUUGAUGAAGUAAGGGAAGAAAUAGAAAAACAAACAGAUAUUUUAGCUGGUGAAAAUAAAGGAAUUACCCACAAACCAAUAGUGUUAAAAGUGUAUACCUCCUUGUAUACUCUAACGUUUGUUGAUUUGCCUGGAAUCACUAAAUUACCCGUUGGUAAUCAACCAGCCGACAUUGAAGAACAAAUCCAAGAACUGAUAAUAAAAUAUGUUCGACAGCCAAAUGCUAUAAUCUUAGCCAUGGUCACUGCUAAUACAGAUCCUGCAACCUCAGAAAGUCUGAAAAUAGCUAAACAAUGGGAUCCUGAAGGUACAAGGACAAUUGCCGUGGUUACCAAGUUGGAUAUUAUUGAUAAAGGUACCAAGAGCGAUAAAGCUGAUCUUCUUUGUGGUAAAAUAAUUCCGGUAAAACUUGGUAUUAUUGGUGUGGUUAAUAGGUCUCAGAAAGAUAUUGAUGAGAAUAAGACAUUGGAAGAGACUCUGAAAAAUGAAACCGAAUUUUUUAGAACUAAUUAUCCAGAAAUUUGUAAAAUGCAUGGAAACAAAGUGUUGGCUAAUACAUUACAGGAUAUAUUAAUAAAACAUAUUAAAAAAACCAUUCCAACCUUGUACAAAAACUUACAAGAUAUCAAAACAAAACUUGAAAGUGAAUUAAAAACAUUGAAAAAACCUGAUUGCGAAAAAACAUUUAUACUAGAACUAUUAAAUGACAUUAACAAAUCAUACUGCGAAACUGUAACGGGAGAUAGAAAGGAUACAUCUGAUAAAAUGUUAAUGGGUGGUGCAAAAAUUGUAAAUGUUAUACAAGAAAACUUUUCUGAAAAAUUCAUGGCGGUGAAUCCGUUGAAUAAUUUGAGUGAUAAACAAAUAGAAAAUUAUUUAUUAAAUACUUCUGGAAUUAAAAAAAGUUCACUAGUGAAUCAUAAGGCAUUGGAAAUUAUGGUUAGCAAACAAUUGGAAUAUCUCAUUGAACCGGCAUUAUCAUUUGUGGACGUUGUGCGUGAAGAAAUGUUCAACAUUCUUGAUUCAAUUGACCAAAAAUUGUUGGAUGAACUUGAAAGAUUUCCGAAAAUAAAAGAUGAUGUAAGAACCACGCUGGACACCUUACUGGAGAUGAAGUUGAAAAAUAUUAAAAAGUCUAUAAAGUCUCACAUUAAAACACAUCAGAAAUUCUUAAAUACAACUAACCCCAAUUACCUUUUACAAUUGAUUGAUUCAUCAACCAAGUGCUCUUCAUCUUUUAUAAAUGAUAAAAAUAAAUAUUAUAAUAACUUAAGAUCUAAUCUCUGCUAUUCUGAAAUCGACAAUAUUGAAAAAGAAGUUGUAAGUAACAUGUACAAAGAUAUAUUAUCUAGUCUGGGUGGUUUAAAUAAUUAUAAAAAUGAAAUUGAUGUACAAGUAAAAUUGCACAAACAAUUUACACGUUGCUACUUCGAAUUCAUCAGGAAUACUUUAAGAGAUUUUGUGCCAAACCGCAUUAACCAUAAACUGGUUAACUUUGUUCUGAAAAAAUUUGAUAAAAAAUUGAAGGUAGAUGUGUUUAUGCCUUUUAUCAACAAUCCGUCUUCUGGUGGAAUGCUUUUUGAAAAAGAAGGUGUUGCAGAAGAAAGAAAACAAAAAGAGGAAUUGUUAAUUGCUGUUAAUAAAGCUUUUAAAAGUUUGAAAGAUAUACAAAAGCAAUAAGUUUAAUUUUUUUCAAAAAGCACAUAGUUUGUGUUCUUCAAGUAGAAUUUUUAUUUUAAUGUAUCAUAAUAUAAGUGUACAAUUUGUUAAAUGAAAGGUCUUCAUUCAUAUUAUAUUAAACUAAUGGAUAAAUAUUGUGUAAUAAUAAUUAUUAGGUAACCUACCAAGUACCUACUUCUUAAUUAAGGUAUAUUGUUAAGUAUACUUUUUUUUUUAAAUUAUAUUAAUAAAGUAAAAUUAUGCAUACCAGUUAAGUUAUUAUUUUUAUGGAUUCAAAAUGUUUUUAUUUUAUACUUUAUAGUCUUCUAAUUGAUUUAUAAUGUAUACUUUUAGUGCAUAAAAAAAAAAAAAAUGUUAUACUAAAUUAUGCUGUUACAACAAAUCAAUACUACUAUAAAAUAUUCUAUUAUCAUUUAUGAUGUUAAUUUUAUUGUAUUUAUAUUGCAUUUUUUAAAAUUGAAAUAAUAA